AUGCCGAAAGAAGGGAAUGUUCUACCAAUUUGGGGUAAUCGUGAAAGUAUGAAUUUGAAUCCGUUAAUAUUAACAAAUAUACAGUCGUCACAAUAUUUUAAAGUUAACUUGUAUGAAUUAAAAACAUAUCAUGAAGUAAUCGAUGAAAUAUUCUAUCAGGUCAGGCAUUUGGAACCAUGGGAAAAAGGCAGUCGUAAAACACAAGGUUUAACUGGAAUGUGUGGAGGAGUGCGGGGUGUUGGUGGUGGUGGUAUUGUGUCAACAGCUUAUUGUAUAUUAUACAAAUUGUAUACACUGAAAUUAACAAGAAAACAACUAAUUGGAUUAAUAACACAUCAAGAUUCACCCUAUAUUCGUGCACUUGGUUUUAUGUACAUAAGAUAUACCCAAUCACCAUCAGAUUUAUUUUCCUGGUACGAAGAUUAUCUUAAUGAUACAGAAGAUAUGGAUGUGAAAGCGGGUGGCGGAUGUAUAAUGUCUAUUGGACAAAUGCUUCGUCAAUGGUUAACACGUAUCGAAUGGUUUGAUACAUUAUUUCCACGUAUACCCGUACCAUCACAAAAAGAGAUAAUGGAUAAAUUAAAAAAACAUGGAGUUUAUAAAGGUGAUUUUAAUGAUUCGACGAGAGAGCAUGAAGAUUUGAAUCGUAAUUCACCUUCAACGAAUUUAACUCCAAUAACCACAUCAUUUGAAAUGCCGGAAACAUUUGGAAUUGUUUCGUCUUCAUCCACAACAGUUAGUGCAACACCGGCGGCAAAUGAUCAGACAAGAAAACGUUCGUCUUCGGCUGAAAAAAACGGAAAUAAUCAUUCUUCACAUAUGAAUAAGAAAAAGAAACACAAGUAAGUGUAAGUUGUUAAACAAACAAGUAAAAGAUAUUGUUUAGAUGCGUUUUUUUAGAAGGAGUCAGGGAAUUGCGAUACAUAAUUUUAUUGAGAUCUAAAAUAACUUCGGUGCAGACUGCAGCAGUAACUAUUUGUAUAGUUCAGAGAAAAAUCUUAGUCUGGAUGCUGAAAAGUCAAAAAACGUUUGAGACUGCUUGUAGAAAUUAUCUACUUAGUUGAGAAUUUUUCUAGACAUUCAAAUAAAGUGAAGAAUACUUUCUUUUUUCUUUAGAUCCACAAGAUCGAGAUCAAGAUCGAGAUCACAUCAUCACCAUC